AUGGCCAAAGACGUUAGUGUUACUUGUAACACAAAUCCGUUCUACAACAAACUUUCAAAAUGCGUUAUUGACGAUUGUACAUCAAGGCGAUGUAUUGAAACAACCUGUAAUGUGAGAUCUGAUGGCUCGCUAGAUGGACCGGAAGAUUGUCAAAUAUUGACGGACCUUCGAUACAAUAAGCUUUUACCAAAGGAGCUUCAAGAUCCGGUGAUGAAAUAUCAAAAUAAGCGAGAUUAUUAUGAGAGUUCCGCUGAUUUCGACUACGACUGUCUCUACGAGUCAGAUGACGAGGAACUGAACACAAACUGCCGGAAAUUAGUUCAACCCGAACGCCCAACUGCUGUUCUAGUGCACACGACAACGCCCUGCUCAUGGCUUGACUUGCUGAUCCUAACUAUUGGUUCCUGCCUCGGCUUCAUUAGCAUAAUUAUGCUGAUUCUGUGUUAUUUUAAAUGCAAAGGGCUGUAUUGUUUCGCGCCAGAUAUUAGCACAGCUGAACUCGAGAAACAAUUUAUAACCAGCCACGCGACAGAGAAUUACCUACUCUUUCCUUCCUUCAACGCUUCUAACAGUCCCCCAUUCACCCUCUGUAACAACGAAUGUACUAAAACCUCGAACAAGCAAGAAAAUCGAAGAGAUAGACGAAAAAGAAUGAUCACGCUGACCCCUGUGGCUAAACGGCUGCAGCUCUCAAACGUCUCGGACACCUCAACCGACGAUGUUUUCGAUGCGAUGGACGUUGAUAGCCCAGCUGGAGCGCGAAGCCGUUCCCCAUCGUCCCCCUUCAUGUCCCCACUGGCACUGCGUUCUGCGGAGAACUCGAACACUGAGCCCAUAGAGCCGCCCGCUGGUAGUUCGCCAACAGUCGGCCUGAAACGCCACGGCUUCCUCGUCAUCAGAAAACGACGGUCGACGUUUAACGAUCGUUUGGCGAUUCGGAAGAAGCGGACGUCGAGUCCUCUGCGCCCGUUAAAUCGCCCUACUACGCCCGAUGAUUACAUCCUGAAAGAGGAUAAUUUGUGUUCUACUGAUGAUGCAGGAAUGGACUCGCUAAUGUCAGCGCCGAUCAUAAAAAGACCGACUGGAAGAAACAUUCUUCGAAGAAAAAGUGCCCUUCCCUUGGACAAUACGUCCAGCUCGCCGAUAUCUGUACGCCCACAACGAACGAUGAGCCUUUGUUCUCCGGCCUUCCGUGAAAUCAGAAUGCGGACAAAUUCGCUUGGCGAGCACCAAAUUCCCACAGCAUCAGCAGAAGCACUCAAUCCACUGAUGGAUAACCAAAACAUGCCAGGCGAUCAACUUGCCUUGCCGCUUACGACCGUUGGGAAACACUCCGACCUCCGCUACAUUUCUACCGAGACAAUGGCAAACCUGUUAGAUGAAAAAUUUUCUAUAGACUACGAGGUGAUCGACGCACGCUAUCCAUACGAGUUCAAUGGCGGCCACAUCAAAGGCGCCAGAAAUUUGUUCACAAAAGAUAUGAUUAAUGAAGCCUUUUUCGGCGAAAACACGCCUCCAGUGGAAGAAGGCUCAAAAAAGAAAAUCUUAGUUUUCCACUGCGAGUUUAGCUCUGAGCGAGCACCGUCAAUGAUGAAGCACCUGCGAAAACGCGAUCGAGCCAAAAACCGAUAUCCAAAAUUGGACUACCCGGAGAUUUAUGUCCUCAAGGGGGUUAUAAGGCAUUUUACUUCUGUAAGAAAAUAA